AUGCCGUUGAUUGUGGUCACUGGGUACCCAAGCUCGGGAAAAUCGACGAUCGUCAAGCGAUUGGUCAAACUGUUCGAAGACGUCGGCAAAAUCGUCCACGUCGUCAGCGACGACGAUUUUCCGUCGCAUUCUCGCUCCUGCUACGUCACCAGCACUGCCCAGGCAAUAACUAGAUAAUUCGCUAGAGAAAAAAGAGAAGAAAAAUGCAAAAAAAAAUGAAAUGAAAAAAACAAACUUCUCUUCUUGAAAGUCUUUGCUGGGUUGUUUGAAGGAGCAUAGUCAAUUAUGAAAAAUUCUCGAUGUGAAAAAAUUUUUCGUGUGGCAUUUGGGCUGUUCCAGGCUUCUGCUUGUUCAAACAUUUCUUCGAAAUUCUUCCAACAAAAGAAAACAAUACGUUUUGACCUUACCAUUCCUCGCAAUGAUUCUUCUAGAAUCAAUUUCGAUGUGUAUACUCGAGAGAUAAAAUUAACGUCUCCUCCCUCCUCUCCAAUAAAAAUUGAAAAAUUUUCCAAUUUAGGAAAAAGACCUCCUUUCCUGGAUCCGCUCUGAAGUGCAGCAACAGCUGUCCAAAAAGAACAUUGUUAUUUGCGAUGCCCUGAAUUACGUGAAAGGUGAAAUAUUCUUGCCCCGAAAUGCUCUGACCGCAUUUUGAAGGCUACCGCUACGAAUUGUUCCUGGCGGCUAAGAUGAGCAAGACGACGUACGCAGUGGUUCAGUGCACGCCGGACGAGGCGACGUGUCUUUGGCUCAAUUCCGAGAAGGACGUCGAUGUGCGGUCAGAAUACCUUCAGACGCGACUCACUUCCCGGCUUCAGAUACGGCGACGACGCCAUCAAGCAGCUCAUCUUCCGCUAUGAGAAGCCGGACACCAAGUUCCGCUGGGAGAAGCCGCUUUUUGACAUCAAAAUCGGAAAGCUCGAAAGGUAGACCUUCCAGAGGAUAGUUUUUGAUAGUUCAAUAAUUAGUUUUUCAAAGCAUAAUCGAAAAAAAAAACGCAAAUUCUAGGACAAGGAAUCAAAAUAAUAUCUAUGCUCUUAAGGAGAAAAUUGAGAUGCUGUGCAUUCGUUUGAUCCAUCGAAACGUCUGUCGAAGUUCACAGGGUUAAGAUGGGCUUGAAAAUGGAAUCUAAUGAAGUUUUUAAUAAGGGACACUCAAAGCUGUAGCUUGUAAUCAGAUUUUAAAAUGAAUCACUAAAAAAGUGUAAAGAGUUUUCAGCUGGAUAUUUGAAAGACUAGAUGAAUCAUUGUAUGUCUUUGUUCUUCCCAAAAAGUUGAUAUUUCUUGAAGGAUAAGAGAGACUGAAGAAGAUUUGGAAGGCGAUAUGAUGCAGGAUUUGGACCAUCCUUCGCCGAAAUUCGCAGAUCUUCACAGUGACGAGCUUGUUCAGUGGAUUUGUGAGGUUCGUAGCGAAUUUUAGGUCAAUCAAUAAGUUUUCUUCAUCUUUGAAAGAAGUUUGAGCGUUCAAUUGUAUGAAAAAAAAAACAAGGGAAAGGUGAUUUUAUGAAAAAAAAAAAUUCAGGCAUUUUAAAGCAACACUUAAUUGAAAGCAGAGAAACUUUUAUUCAAAUAUUGGUUCUUAUUCCUUUUUAUAGAUAAUUUCACCGGGUCAUCAGAAAGAAAAAAACUUUUUUUAUUGAAUACAUUUUUUUGAUGAUUCGAAAAACUUUUACUAGAUACUUGUAAAAGGAAUAUUCGAGAAAAUCGUAAUUUUAGGGCGUCGAACUUUCGGAGAACCAAAGUACCCAAGUGGUUCCGCUGGCUCCGUUGAACUACCUCCACACUCUGGACAAAGUCACGCAGAAAGUCUUGACGGACCUGAUGAAUCUGCAAAGAACGGCUCUUCGGGGACAGACGCUCGUCAUUCCGGGCGCCGAGGGGAAAACGGUUGGAAACCUGCCAAGUUCCAUAGAGAAUCCGGGAUUCUUCAGAUAGUGUUCACUAAAGCGAGAACGCUUCCCGAAUUGAACCGCCUCAGGCAACAAUUCGUCAGCAUCUCCAAACGGACGCCCAUCGUUGACCACGAAAAGAUUGCCACUAUUUUCGUCAACUUCCUUGCCAAUAACUUGCGGUAG